UUCUCUGUCCUUUCUCUAUCUUUUAUCUCAUGUUCGUUAUCCUUGUCGUAUAGUAAAUGUCGUAAAUAUGUACAGACAAGAGACAGCCAAGAUGAGAUGGCCCUCUUACAGGGAGGACAUACAACAUAAACUCUUACAACUUGCAGUAGCAGACAACAAUUGUACUGCUUUACAGCCCAUACAAAAAAUAAACUACUUCUUCUACAACAACAACAAUGAUGACGACGACAACAACAGCUCUGUCUGUUUCUUGUUCAAUCUUAUUUAUUUCAAAAAUCCAAGUGUUUUUUUUGGCUUGAUAAUAGGAGUUUUCCACUUUAGCUGAGCUUAACCAAAAAAUAGAAUAAGAACAUGGAGUUUUGUUUUUUAAUUAAAGUAAAGAUUUUUUUGUAUAGUAAAGGAAUAUUUGUGAUUUAGAAUAUUUAGAGUAAUGGGUUUUUGUUGUUUGAGUUUGUUAGUGAGGGCGAGGGAGUAGUCAUAGGAGGGAGUAGUCAUAAGCCAUCUCUCCCCUGGUCGCGUUGUCGGCGCGAGGGCACUUUCUGUCGGCAAUGUUUGUACUGUAUCCAACGAUGAUUCUCUUCUUUAUUGUUUCUUAAUAUUAAUUUAAAGAAAAACGUACAGCAAGUUGCUGAUUGAUUUCAUUCUUUCUUUCUUUCCUGCAUCAGUAGCAGUUUGUUUCUUUUGAGACCAGACCUUUAAGCUUUGUUCAUUUUUACCAUCUGGGGUUUCUUUUCUUUCCUUUAUUUUUUGGAGAACUUGUUGCUGGGAAUGUGGGGUGGAUUUUGAUUUUGGUGAUCGUGUCAUUGGAAAACUGAUCAAUUUGUCGUUGGUAAAUGAAGCUGAGGUUUCUGGGGAUCUGGCUGCUCAAUUUAUCUGUGAAUACAGUCUGGUAGGUAGCAGUUGCUGGUUUGAAUAAACUUGAUAGUGUGUUUGAUUUGAUUGGUUCCAUGUAUAUUGUCUCAUAUUGGACUAAAACCUUACAGCAUAGCUGAAGUGGUUCCUAUACUAAAUGUCAAGGACUCUUGCAGCCAUACUGGGAGGUGCUGCAGGAGUCAUGGCAUUGGCGGGGGCAGUUGUUUUCUUUCUUUGGUGCUUAUAUCACAAAAAGACUGUGUCAAGAACUUCUGAGACAGGAUCUUCUGAAACAUCUGUUCAAGUAGGAAGGCAUGCAGGGAUCGAGUUGUCAUCACAAGAAGCAAGGCGUUUUGAGAUGGAAGAAUUGGGUCUGGCCACGAAAGGUUUUAGUGAGAAAAAUUUGAUCGGGUUAGGAAAAUUUGGGGAGGUAUACAAGGGUUUGCUUAAUAAUGGGAUGAUUGUGGCCAUCAAAAAGAGACCUGGAGCUCCUAGUCCGGAAUUUGUUGAUGAGGUGCGCUACCUUUCACCUAUUCAGCAUCGGAAUCUGGUGACACUUUUGGGCUACUGUCAGGAAAAUAACAUGCAGUUUCUUGUAUACGAGUAUAUCUCUAGUGGGAGUGUUUCCAAUCAUUUGUAUGGAGUUGGUCAAACUUUGGAUGGGAAGCUAGAAUUCAAGCAUAGACUUUCAAUCGCUCUUGGGGCUGCUAAAGGUUUGGCUCACCUUCACUCUCAAACUCCCCGUUUGGUGCACAAGAAUUUCAAAACAGCCAAUGUUCUCGUGGAUGAAAAUUUCAUAGCUAAAGUUGCGGAUGCAGGACUUCGUAAUUUCCUGGGAAGAGUUGAUGUUGCAGGCCCAUCUACACAAGUGACAGCUGAUGAGAUAUUUCUUGCCCCGGAGGUGAGAGAGUUCAGACAAUUUUCUGAAAAAAGUGAUGUAUUCAGUUUUGGUGUAUUCCUUCUAGAGUUGCUAAGUGGCAAGGAAGCAACAGAACCAUCUCCAGAGACCAGCCAAAAUCUGGUCGAGUGGGUGCAAAAAACUCAAGACUACACCAAUUUUUCCACCAUUGUCGACCACAGAAUGGGGAGUAGCUUCACUGCAGAAGGCAUGGAAGAGUUUAUACAGUUGAUGCUUCAAUGUGUGGAACCUUCAAGUGAUAGGAGACCAAUAAUGAGUUAUGUGGUAAUGGAACUUGAUCGCAUACUUGAGAAGGAGAGGAACUUGACGACGGUCAUGGGGGAAGGAACCCCAACAGUGACCCUUGGAAGCCAGUUAUUUAGAGCAACCAAGUAAAACAACCUUGUGUUCCUUCAAAAGUAUUUGGGAGAGUGAUUUUUGUGAUACUUCAAUCGUUUAUUUCAAGUGUUUCUUCCCUUUUUUGAGAGCUCAGAGAAUAUGUUAAGCUGUUUGUAGUAAAUGUAUAAAAGAACAGCUAUGUUAUAUUAUUUUCACAUUUUUUGUGUUAUUUUAUCAUAAAUGUAUUGAUAAUCUUUUGUAAACCAUUAUUUGUUGCUAAUAUUAUCAAGGUGAAAAUUGAGAUUUG